AUGUCAAACAGUAGUGAAUCUGAAAGUCAUCAUAGAAGAAGAUCAGAGUCAUAUUCAUCUGAUUAUUCCCCAAGACCAAGAAGGUCACGUUGGGAUGAAAAACCUACUGUAGUUUCAACAUUGAUUGAUACAAAUGAAAAACCUGAUGCAACACCUGCUUUAAUUGCAAAUGAUAUUGGUCCACAAAAUAAAAUUGAGUCAUUACCAGAUGUAAAACCUGGAGAACGUGCUUUUUUUGAAGAAGCCUUGAUACAACGAGACGAAUCAGAGUUGUCAAGUGAAGAACGAAAAAAAAUUCAACUAAAAAGAUUAUUAUUAAGAAUUAAAAAUGGAACACCUGCAAUGAGAAAACAAGCACUACGUCAACUUACUGAAAGAACAAAAGAAUUUGGUGCAGAAGUAUUAUUUGAACAAAUUUUACCAUUACUUAUGUCAAUAACUUUAGAACAACAAGAACGUCAUAUUUUAGUAAAAGUAGUUAAUCGUAUUAUUUUUAAAUUAGAUAAUUUAGUUCGUCCAUUUACCGCAAAGUUAUUAGUUGUUAUAACACCUUUACUUGAUGAUGCAGAUUUUAUUGCUCGUGUAGAAGGAAGAGAAAUUAUUUCAAAUUUAGCUAAAGCUGCUGGUCUUCAAACAAUGAUUGCAGCUAUGAGGCCAGAUAUCGAUUCACCUGAAGAGUCAAUUAGAAACACAACAGCCCGUGCAUUUUCUGUUGUUGCUGCUGCAAUUGGAAUACCAUCAUUACUUCCAUUUUUAAAAGCUGUUUGUGGUUCAAAGAAAAGUUGGUAUGCACGUCAUACAGGACUAAAAUGUAUUCAACAAAUUGCAAUGUUAAUGGGAUGUUCUGUUCUUCCUCAUCUUUCUGCACUUGUUGCUAUUGUUUUUCCUCGACUUAAUGAUACAGAAGCUACUAUAACUAAAUUUGCAGCACUUGCUAUUGCAGCACUUGCAGAAGCAUCAUACCCUUAUGGUGGAGAUGUUUUAGAACAAACACUAGAACCAAUUAUUGAAGGGUGCAAAAGAAUGAGAGGAAGAUUACUUGCUUCAUACAUUAAAGCAUCAGGACAAGUUAUAUCAGUUGUUGAUGAAGAAAUUGCAGCAAAAUAUGGAUGGGAAAUUAUUAGAGUUGUUGUAAGAGAAUUUAAAACAUCAGAUGAAGAAAUGAAGAAAAUUGUUUUAAAAGUAAUAAGGCAAUGUCUAAGUGUUCCAAUUAUUGGAAAAGAAACAUCAAAAAAUAAUAUUGCAGAAAGGUUUUUUGAAUCAUUUUGGCAUAGAAGAAAUUCCGUUGAUAAAAAGUUAUGUAAAGAAGUUAUUGAAACAGCAUUAUUAUUAUCACAAAAAAUGGGAGAAAAAUAUAUUUUAGAAAAAAUUGUUGUUUUUCUAAAAGAUGAAAAUGAACCAUUUAGAAAAAUGACAUUAAAAGCAAUGGAAAAAGUAAUUCAACAAUUUGGAAUAUAUGAAAUUGAUGAAGAUUUAGAAAAAAGAAUAUUUGAUGGAUUAACAUUUGCUUUUAUUGAACAAACUUCUGGUGAUGAAAAUGCUCAGGCAUUACAAAGUAUUUCAUUUAUAAUGAAUUGUUUUAGUGAAAGAGUAGUACCUUAUCUUGAAGCAUUUUCAGAAAAUAUUAAAUGGAGAUUUCAUAAUAAAUCACCUAAAAUUCGACAGUGUGCAGUUGAAAUUUUAGGUAACAUUUGUAGGUUAUAUAUUAAAUGUAAUCAAAAACCAACAUUAAUUGAUCUUUGUGAAAUUUUAUAUGAAUUAUUAGGAGAAUCAAAUACUGAAGUAUUGGCUUCUACUAUGAUCACUCUUAAAGAAAUAAUUUCAUUAUGUAAUUUAGAAGAAAUAAGACCAUCUAUUAGUGAUCUUGUACCUCGUUUAACUCCAAUAUUAAGAAAUACUAAUGAAAGAAUUGAAGAAGCAUGUAUUGGAUUAAUUGGAAUUAUUGCAAAGAAAUCAGCUGAUACAGGUGCUGAAAUGGUUCAUUUAAAAGAAUGGAUGAGAAUUUGUCAUGAAUUACUUGAUGCAUUUAAGGCUCAUAAAAAAUCAAUUAGACGUGCAACAGUUGAUACUUUUGGAGAUAUUGCAAAGGCAAUUGGUCCUCAAGAAGUAUUAAUUAUGUUACUUAAUAAUUUAAAAGUAUUGGAUCGUCAAUUAAGAGUAUGUACUACUAUUGCAAUUGCAGUUGUUGCAGACUCAUGUGCACCAUUUACUGUUAUUCCAUCAUUAAUGAAUGAAUAUCGUAUGCCUGAUAUUAAUAUUAAAACUGGAGUAUUAAAAGCAUUUGCUUUUCUAUUUGAAUAUAUUGGAGAAAAAAGUAAAGAUUAUAUUUAUCCUGUAAUUCCUUUAUUAUGUGAUGCUCUUGCAGAGAAAGAUGCUGUUCAUAGACAAACUGCAUGUACUGUUGUAAAAUUUAUUUCAUUAGGUAUUUAUGGAUUAGGUUGUGAAGAUGCUUUGAUCCAUAUGUUAAAUUAUGUUUGGCCUAAUAUUUUUGAAACUUCUCCUCAUGUAAUUAAUGCAACAUUGGAAGCUCUUGAAGGUAUUAGAGUAUCAUUAGGAGUUCUUGUAUUAAUGCAAUAUGUUUUACAAGGACUAUUUCAUCCAGCUCGUCAUGUAAGAGAACCAUAUUGGAGAGUAUAUAAUAAUAUGUAUAUUGGGAAUCAAGAUGGUUUAGUUGCUGCUUAUCCAGUACUUGAAGAUGAUGAUUAUAAUAUGAAUCGUCGUUAUGAAUUAGAAAUAUUAUUAUGA